UGACAGUCAAGAGCCUAAACCGGAAGUACUUCAAUUUCCAAAACUGUUGUGCUAGAGAGUAAAAGUGCAAAAGCUGCGCUAAUUCAGUGAACCUCUUGAGCUCGGAUGCUGCUAAAGUUUAGAUAGUUAUGUGAACCGAAGUGGGUGGUUGAUGUCCUGGCUUUCUUGAGUACUUUCUACUGAAUGAAAUGGAGGACGAGCUGGAGAACUUUAUCAGAGAACGCAAGGCGCGAGUGGCCGAGGAUAAGGCCAGUCUAGAAAAAGACCCUCCCUACAUGGAAAUGAGGGCAAAACCCUGCAGAGACUACGGGUCCACCGUAAAAGAGAACAUCCCUCCAAGGAUUACCAUCCAAGGAAAAGACGAGAGCUGCAGCGUUGGUCUGCCACUCGGUGCCGAGUAUGAGAAGAAGAAACACCGGCUGCAGCAUGAACUGCGGAUGGACUACAGACGCUACAUGGCUCAGGUUGACAAAGAUCCAAAUGUGACUGAGGGUGUCGAGGUUGAGUAUGCUGGAUCAUCUGAUCAAGCUCCACCUAAGUCCAAGUCCUCUAAGAAAAAGGUUGACAAAGAUCCAAAUGUGACUGAGGGUGUCGAGGAUGAGUAUGCUGGAUCAUCUGAUCAAGCUCCACCUAAGUCCAAGUCCUCUAAGAAAAAGCAACACCUUUCAAGGUCUUUAGCUGAUUCCAGCUCUUUGGAUGAGGAUCACAUGCUCAUCCCUAAGUUAAGAAGGACCGAAAGUAUUAAGAUGAACAAACUUGAUUACUUUGAGUCUGAUGACCUUUUUGACCCUUCAUCAAAUGAGAGUGAAGAAGAAUAUGUCCCUAACAGUUGUGAAGAAUACAGUGAAGACACUGACACAAGUGAAAUUAUAGAGACUGAUGACCAGAAAAUUCUUCUCAGAUGUUUUAGGAACAUUGAAGAUUUCGCAGCUGCCUGUCCCCCUGUAAAGGAGCAAAACAUUAAUGAUACCAAUUCUACCAAGCGAGGAUUUGAGAGAGGACGUUCACCUACAAAAAAGCGUGAAGAACAAACAAAAUACAAAAGGCGACAUUUCAGUUCUUCAAGCUGUCACACAAAACCUAUAGAUAUGGUUCGAUCAACUGAUCAUAGUGGAAGUUCAAGUGAAAAAGGUACUUCUGCUACAUCAGCACCUGUUGCAGAAGACAAUGGCCCUUACUCUUCAGUUGCACAGGAUGGAUUCCCUAAGGCUCCUCCUCUCAUACCUGCUGUUGAGAAAAGUAAGAGUGGGUCACGCAUUUACAACAAAAGACAGUACUGUUUGUACUGUAAACGGGGAUUCGUAAAAAUUGCGAGGCAUUUGGAGCAUGUUCAUCGUGACAAACCUGAAGUUGCAAAAGCCACCGCUUUUCCUAAAGGCUCCAGCCAGAGAAAGUUACAUUUGGAACAUUUGAGAAAUAGGGGGAACUUUGCCCACAAUGUUGAGGUACUAAAUAGUGGUACUGGAUCACUCGUCCCACGUAAGCAACCAAGCACAACAUCCGAACCACAAAACUAUCUUCACUGUACCUAUUGUCAAGGAUUGUUUGCAAAAAAAGUUCUCUGGAGGCACAUGGUCAUCUGCAAGUUUAAACCAAACGAUGUCCAGAAACCAGGCAAAACACGUGUCCGGUCUCUUUGUGCCUUUACUGUAUCCCCUCCCCCAGGAGUAAAGACAGAGUUCUGGAAAUUGUUAAACGCCAUGAAUCAAGAUGAAGUUUACACUGCUGUAAAGUCUGAUGAACUAAUCAUAGAAUAUGGGCAGCAUCUUUACAACAGACUUGGAUUUGAUGCUUCAAGACAUGAGUAUAUUCGCCAAAAGAUGAGAGAACUGGGAAGAUUGUUGAUUAAUUCAAAGAAAACAACCCCCAUGAAGACAAUUGAAGAGCAUGUAAAGCCUGCAAAUUUCAUGCUGGUUGUAGAAUCUGUGAAAGACCUUGCUGGUUUUGUUGUUGAAACAAGCACCUACAAAUGCCCAAGUCUUGCUUUGAAGAUUGGAUAUAGCUUGAAAAAGAUAUCAGAGCUCGUUGAAAGUCGUGCAAAUGUACAGGGGAAUUCCAGAGCAGCCAAAGAUGCUCGUGCAUUCCAAAAUGUCUAUGACUCAAGAUGGAAUGAGUUUGUCUCAUCUGCAUCGCUGAGGACACUGCAGCAAUCAAAAUGGAAUGCUCCACAGUUGCUUCCCUUCACUAAAGAUGUGCAGACUCUUCAUUCGUAUCUCAGUGAACAACAACAACGUUUAUGCAAUGAACUGUCUACAGAAACAUCUCCACAGACCUGGGCAAAUCUGUGUAAAAUCACCCUUACUCAGGUGAUUCUGUUUAACAGGCGGCGAUCUGGAGAAGUAUCAAAAAUGCCCCUUUCGGCAUAUCUGUCCCCAAAUCCCAGUAAUGAUCAGGAUGAUCUAAAAGAGGCUUUAUCUGACCUUGAAAAAAAACUGUGUGAACAUUUCAGAAGAAUAGAAAUCAGAGGAAAAAGAGGCCGAAAGGUACCAGUCCUAUUGACUCCAGAAAUGCAGCAGUCGUUGGAUAUGCUCAUUGGCAAACGGCAAGAAUGUGGGGUCCCUACAGAAAACGUUCACUUAUUUGCAAGACCAUUAGCCAUGAGCUCUUAUCGUGGUUCUGACUGCCUUCGCUACUUUGUCAGCACCUGCGGAGCCAAAAGACCAGAUACACUCACGUCAACAAAACUGAGGAAGCAAACGGCAACUCUUUCUCAGAUCUUAAACCUCAGUAAUACAGAGUUGGAUCAGCUAGCUAAUUUUCUUGGCCACGAUAUAAGAGUUCAUCGGCAGUUCUAUAGGCUCCCGGAAGGUACUCUUCAGCUAGCUAAAAUUAGUAAAGUCCUCAUGGCCUUAGACCAAGGCCGUCUUGCAGAGUUUAAAGGCAAGAGCCUUGAUGACAUAGCCAUUGACCCUGAAGAAAGUGUGAAGUUGGACAGUGAGGAUGAGGCAGAGUUUGAGGCUGAUGCCAAGGAUGAUCAAGUUGCAUCCACUGGGGGACAGAUGCCAGAUAUGGACAAGAGAAAUGCUGAAACAACUGACCCUAGAACACCUUCGCAAGCUUUUACAAGCAAGUCGCCCAAAAAGGGUUACGGUCGCCAACCAUGCAAGAGGAGAACUUGGAAUAAAAGGGAGGUCCUUGCAGUUGAAAAUCACUUGAUGGCAUUCAUCAACACCUGUCGAGUUCCAGGGAAAGCAGACUGCGAUAAGUGUUUAAAACAGGAACCUGAUGCCCUUAGACACCGAAAUUGGCUGGGGAUGCACUAACGAACCUGGUCGGCCAGCAGAACGCUCGCUUUGGAAUCAUCAAGAUCUUCAACGCCCUGCAGGAAGCCAACGCCAACAAACAUCUCAUCUACGUGUUGAUGGAAAUGCUGCUGAAGGAGCUCUGUCCUGAACUGAGAGCAGCAGCAAACAGCUGAGCACAGACAGAACAUCCCUGGUUCACCAAGCGGAACGGUGUGGUGGGGGGAAGUAGGGGUUUCCACCGCCGGCGUCUGUUCCUCACCCUUUCUGUAGCUGACCAAUCAGAGUGCCAAGAGAGAGACAGAAAGUUGUGGGGUAAAUGUCUGAGCUUGGGUGGUGAAGGCUUUGAAAUAACGGCAAACCGAGCUGACAGCGGCCUGAAAGGAAAGGACUGGCACUUCAUUUUGUUCAAGGAGAACACUAGUUGUAUCUGUAAUAGAGAGCCACGUUCACUAAAGAACAAGUCUUAAUUUGUGAGAUUAUGUAACAUGUUUUUUUUGUUUAAAAAAAAAAAAUGUUUCUUUAGUUGUUUUCUGGAGACACAGACAUUCCAAAUCGAUACUAAAACCAAAAUGUUUUGGAGCAAAUCUCAUAAGUUGAAGUGGAAAUCUUAAUGUUUGCACAUGGCAGGAGGUGAUUUGAAAAAAAAAAAAGAAAAUCGCGGACCGGAUGGAUGACGGAGUCCUGGUCUUCUGUUCCCCAGGAAAAGUCUCAGCACUCUGACCUCUGAACAUUCCUACAAACGGCCUGAGCAACAACACUUGUGUUCUGUGAUUCUUGUUGAGACCUGGAAUUGUGCAAUAUAAUUUCAUGUGAACGUCGUUGUGAUGAUUUUAUUUAUGAUUAUUGAUCGAUUUUAUUUUUACCAAAAAGAAAAUUGUUUAGAGAGCGUUUAUAUGAGCAAUAAAUGACAAACAAAAGCCGAUGACUUGCAUUCCUUUUAUUAUAUAUUGAAAAGGGAGUAAAAGUUUGUUUUUCUUAUUUUCUUAAAUGUAUAACUAAUAAUUUGAUAAAUUCUUUAAAAUAUUACAAAUUAAGUUUUUAGUAUUUGGGACUAUAUUUUUGUGUUAUGGUAAUUCUGAAACUAUGACAACUUGUGAAAAAGUGAAUACAUAAAAGUACAUUUCUGCUAAAAUUAGUAAGUUCCUAGAAAAAACAAGAACAUUUAUGAGCUCCAAAAUUUUUCUAGAAAAUUUUAGAUUAAUUUGAAAUGUUUUAAGUUUCUUUUUUUGGCAAAUUUUCUACUCUAGAAACUCAGAAAUUGCCUUUUUUUUCUAGAAAAUGUACGAAUAAUCUCAAAGUGUAAGUUUUUUUUUUCUAGCAAAUUUCCGGCUUUAGCAACUCCAAAUUUUUUCUCGUCAAUUUCUGAUAUGUCUAAAAUUUUCUGAGUUUUCUUAAUGGAAGUUUAUACCUUUUUUUUUAUGCAAUAACUAAUGCCAUCGGAAAUAUGGCAUUAGAGCUAAUGUUGCUAAAUUUCAGAAUUUUCUUAAUUUAGCUAAUUUAAGCCAUAAGCUUCCACAUAUUGUGAAACUGAUGGUGUGUGAUGGUGGGGACAAAAACACGUGGAACAAUAAAGAUAAUCAGAUGUGUUGAGAACAAUAUUGUAUAAGUGAAGCAACUGUUUACUGAAAAUCAAACUACUCAAUAUUACUACUUUUACGGUGAUUUUUUAAAAACAUUUGG